AUGGCGCUGGCGGCAUACAGACAUCUCCUACGAGCCACGCGCAUCGCAUUCCACGGCGACGACCAUCUCCUACAUGCUGCCAGAAUUCAAGCACGCUCUGGCUUCGAAAAGCUCAGCUCAAUAGAUCCGUCAUCAGAAGAGGCGCAGAAGGGGAUUGAACAUGCUGAGGGUGUAGCAUCAAUAUUGAGGCACAAUAUCGUGCAGGGCAAGCACGUGGAGGGCUCUGAUGUACUACGGUUAAACUUACACGAAGACAUCGAACGAGGCGACAACGACACGGUGAAACAUCCCCUCGGCAAGGGAGGUGUGGUCAAGGUUGCAGGUGUAUGA